ACGCCUUGUUCCUCUCAUCCAUCUUUUCAACAAACAUCAGAAUUAACAUGAGUGAGUUCUCAUUUCUCGAAAUUUCAUUUGCUAUGUUCUUAUGGUUUGAUUCAUAGUUUUGAAAUACAAAAAACCGUGUAGGAAACAUGCUUUGCUGCUGUGUUAACUCGGAGAACAACAAGAAGUAUGCAGAGCUGGAUGCGAAGCUUGCACGGAAAAUGGUGGAGAGCCGGAGUAUUUAUCCGGGACACAGGAGUUUAAAGUCUAUGGAUUCAAUAAUCAUGAAGUUUCCUAAGCUAAGAGAAGGAUUAAGAAACAUCAGAAGCGUUUUCGAAUCAUACGAUAAUGAUACAAACGGGACAAUCGAUAUCGAGGAGCUGAAGAAAUGUUUAGAGGAACUAAAGCUGAGUUUAUCGGAUGAAGAAGUGAAAGGUUUAUAUAGUUGGUGUGACGUUGAUGGAAGCAAAGGGAUACAAUUCAAUGAGUUUAUAGUCCUUCUCUGUCUCAUCUAUCUUCUGGCGAAACCUUCCUCUGAAUCCAGCACGGAAUCGAGAGAGAUGGGUCCAAAGUUGGUUGAGUCUAUAUUUGAUCCAAUAGUAGAAGUGUUCUUGUUUUUGGACAAAGACGGUAAAGGGAAAUUAAACAAGGCUGAUGUGAUAAAGACAUUGAACAACGAAGACUAUCCGCUAGAAAGAUCUCCUUCACAUGUCACCAACAUGAGAUUUGAAGAAAUGGAUUGGGGAAGAAAAGGGAAAGUGGGUUUUAGAGAGUUUCUAUUUGCUUUCAUGAGUUGGGUUGGUCUUGAUGAUGCAGAUGAUGAUUUUAUGAGCAGCUAAAGAAACAACUUAAACAAAAGAUUCUGCACAUAUAUUUUACCUCUCAAAAACCAUAUUCCAUUAUCAAUUAUGUAUCAAAUGAUUAAUUUGGUUUCCUCUGUACAUAUGUACUCUGUAUCAUUCUCAAACCACUCCAACAAACAAACUAUCAAACAAGUAAAAACAAAGCAAGAUCUGUCUCAAUUGAGAACAAAGAAUUUGGACAAAUGUACUUGUAAUCA